GUAUUUAAAUUAGUAAAUAUUAUUUAGAAAAAACAGAAAUGGCAUAUAACGCAAGAAUGGGCUAUGGAGAAUCUGGAAAGGCUCCUAUUCAAAGGAAAGUAUUUGAGAAGCCAGGUCUCACUGAGGAUGAAAUUGAAGAAAUCAGGGAAGCCUUCAAUCUCUUUGAUACAGAUGGCUCUGGAACUAUUGACCCAAAAGAAUUAAAAGCGGCAAUGGAGAGUUUAGGCUUUGAGAAUAAAAAUCCAACUAUCUACCAAAUGAUAGCUGAUCUUGAUACCUCAGGCAACGCUAGCGGGAUUGAUUUUGAUCAAUUUUUAGAUGCUAUUACUACCAGAUUAGGUAAUAGAGAGACUAAAGAAGGGAUUUAUAGAAUCUUCCAACUCUUUGAUGAUGAUAAUUCUAAUUCUAUUAACCUUACCAACCUCAGGAGGGUAUCUAAGGAACUUGGAGAGACUAUGGGCAUGGAUGAGCUCAAAGAAAUGCUCGAGAGAGCAGCUUCCAAUGGAGAAGAGAUUUCCUUUGAUGAUUUCUAUUUCAUCAUGACCAAAAAGACCUUCGCAUAA